GCUAUCGCAUUGAAAGCCACAAGUUCUUUCCUACUCAUUAUCGCAAUAAGAGUGACUUUAUAAAAAAAUUUUAUUGUUUCUAACAACGCAUUAGGCAAUGUCAGUGAUUUCAAUUCUAUUGGCCAUUUUGGCCGGGCUUCUUGUAUACAUUGGACUAAGGGUGCGAAAACAUUUCAAUUAUUGGAAGGACUUGGGUGUUCCCUGCGAUCAACCCAACUGGCUAAUGGGCAGUGUGGCAGGGUUUUUAACUUCAAAGCCUUUCAAUCAGAUCGUUGGUGAUUAUUAUGAGAAAUACAGAUUGACUGGACCCUAUGCGGGUUUCUAUUGGUUCUACAAACUGGCUGUCUUUGUUAUGGAACCGAAUUUGAUUAAACACAUACUGAUCAAGGAUUUCUCAAAGUUUACGGAUCGUGGUCUAUACACCAAUGAGGAAGAUGAUCCUUUGACAGGACAACUUUUCAACUUGGAUGGAGCCAAGUGGCGCAAUAUGCGCAACAAACUCUCGCCCACCUUUACGUCGGGCAAAAUGAAGGUCAUGUUCCCAUUGGUAACCAAAUUGGGCGACGAUUUGGUAGAUGUAUUCCACAAGUCCCUUCCCUCCGAUCAGGUGUUGGAGGUGCGUGAUUUGGUGGCUCGCUUUACCACCGAUGUCAUUGGAACUUGUGCCUUUGGCAUUGAAAUUGGCAGUCUACAUAAUCCAAAUGUGGAAUUUCGUCACAUGAGCGGCAAAGCAUUUAAGGAACAGCGUUAUGGCACUUUAGGUUUUGUGCUACGCUUCAGUUUCCCUGAGCUCUCCAGCCGCCUACAUAUCAAGGAAACUUUGGCCGAUGUGGAGGAAUUUUUCCUGGGAAUUGUACGAAAUACCGUGGACUAUAGAGAGAAAAAUAAUGUGAAACGCAAUGAUUUCAUGGAUAUGUUAAUCGAUAUGAAGAACAACAAAUUGAUGAAAAGUGAAACAGGAGAAGAGAUGACCAAUCUCACAUUUGGACAGAUAGCUGCCCAGGCUUUUAUAUUUUUGUUGGCAGGCUUUGAGACCUCAUCGACCACCAUGUCUUUUGCCUUGUAUGAGUUGGCCCAAAAUCAAGAAGUGCAACAAAGGGCUAGGGAAGAGGUGCAGCAAGUUUUGGAGAAGCAUGGAGGGCAGUUUACCUAUGAGUGUAUGAAGGAAUUGGUGUAUUUGGAUCAGGUCAUAGAGGAAACCCUUAGACUUUACACCAUUGUUUCGGCUCUUCUGCGUAAGACUCUGGAGGAUUAUGUUGUUCCUGGCCAUCCAGAAUAUGUGAUUAAAAAGGGAAUGAUUGUCAUUAUACCAGCGGGUCCCAUACACCGAGAUGAACGUUACUUUCCCCAACCCAAUGUCUUCAAUCCUGAUAACUUCAGUCCCGAAAAGGUGGCCGCACGAGAUUCCAUACUUAAUUUAUCUUUCGGCGAAGGACCACGAAAUUGCAUUGGCAUGCGUUUUGGCAAAAUGCAGACUGUGGUUGGCUUGGCUGUGCUUUUGAAGAAUUUCAAGUUUUCCACUUGUGAGCGGACUCCGAUUCCCAUGAAAUAUGACAAGAAAAGUUUUCUGGUGUCCUCAGAGAGUGGUAUCUACUUAAAAGUUGAGAAAUUGUAA